CUCUCUCUCUCUCUCUCUCUAAUGCAAUCUUACGCUCUGCAUCUUCCGAUUCCGCAUUGUUCUUCGAAGUUGGUCUUGUGAAAUUCGACAUAUUUAUCGUUAAAUAAGUUUUGUUGCUGAUAAUUUGGCUCGUUUGAGUUCAUCUACCAAGCUCCUCCGUCUUGUUGGCGGUGUUUGGUUGGUGAUUUUUGUCACCAAAACGAGUCAUGUGUACCAAAAUCUUGACAUGGGUCUUCUUCCUCCUCUCCAUAUUCUCCUCCGCCGUCUCCGAUCCCAGAACGACCCAAGCUGACCUCUACUGCGGCAGCCGGAAACCGGGGCAGAACCCGAGCUUUAUCCCAACUUUCGUCAAAGAAAUGGAGAGUCUUUCUCAGCAGAUAUCGACCCACCGUUGGGGCACCCACUUUGUUAAUUCCACGACACCCAUGUACGGCCUGGCCCAAUGCUUCAAUGACCUCUCCCACACCGAUUGCCUCCUCUGCUAUGCCGCCAGCCGCACCAAAAUCCCCCGCUGCCUCCCCUCCCUCUCCGCCACCAUUUUUCUCGACGGGUGCUUCCUCCGUUACGAUUCCUACAGAUUUUACCGCCAAUCCACCGACCCUUCUCGCGACACCGUGGUCUGCGGCCCGUCGAAACAGGACAAAAUCGAAAAGGAGGAGUUUGGGAGGAAUGUUGGGUUUGCGAUCGGGAAUGCGACGGCGGCGGCGGCGGGAAAUGGCGGGUUUGGAGUGGCGGAGGUGAAGGGGUCGGUGUUUGCUCUGGCGCAGUGCUGGAAGACUGUGGGGAGUGCUGGGUGUCAAAGUUGCCUGGAGAAGGGAAUUAAAGCGGCGAUGGGGUGUGCACCCAGCAAGGAAGGGAGGGCUUUGAAUGCUGGGUGUUACCUGAGAUAUUCGACUGAGAAAUUUUAUAACGAUGCCGGAGGAGCAGAGCACGUUGCAGAUCAAGGCCAUGGGCUGUCAGUAAGCAGAGGAAUCAUCAUAGCAGUAAUUCUGGCAGCAGCUGCCUUCCUGCUGCUCUCUCUCUCUGCUGCUUAUGCAGGCUACGCAAAAUUGGCAAGGAUUAAACAAGAGCGCAGCAAUGCAGGCCUGGCUGCAACAAGCAUCAACAAGUACUCUAGCUUGAAGUUCAAGUACGAAACGCUCGAAAAGGCCACUGAUUAUUUCGACUCCUCGAGAAAAAUCGGGCAAGGGGGAGGCGGUUCUGUGUUCAAGGGGACGCUUCCGAAUGGUGAAACAGUAGCUGUUAAAAGAUUGAUCUACAAUACGAGGCAAUGGGUCGAUGAGUUCUUCAACGAGGUGAAUUUGAUCAGCGGAAUCCAGCACAAACACCUCGUGAAGCUUUUGGGUUGCAGCAUCGAAGGCCCCGAGAGCCUGCUGGUUUAUGAGUACGUGCCUAACAGGAGCCUCGAUCACUUCCUUUUCGAUAAGAACAAGGUGCAGAUUCUGAACUGGAACGAGCGGUUUGAUAUUAUUGUUGGAACAGCUGAAGGGCUUGCCUAUCUUCACGAAGGAUCCGCAGUAAGAAUAAUUCACAGGGACAUAAAAAGCAGCAAUGUUCUUCUAGAUGAGAAUCUCAGCCCGAAGAUUGCAGACUUUGGCCUCGCUCGAUGUUUUGCUUCCGAGCAGUCUCAUAUUAGUACCGGCAUUGCUGGAACAUUUGGUUAUAUGGCGCCAGAAUAUCUUACUCAAGGGCAACUUACGGAGAAAGCAGAUGUUUACAGCUUUGGAGUUCUAGUUCUUGAGAUUGUGUCUGGCCAGAGGAACAACACCUUCAGAUCGGAAUCUGACCCAGAUUCACUUUUACACAGGGUUUGGAAACUCUACAGAUCGAACGAACUAGCCAAAGUCGUUGAUCCCUGCUUGGGAGAAGAUUUUCCUGCAGGAGAUGCUUCCAAUGUCCUUCGCAUCGGACUUCUUUGCACGCAGGCUUCGGUUGCUCUGAGACCAUCCAUGGCCGAAGUGGUCGAAAUGCUAACCGAUAGAGAAAUUAUGGCAGCAGUUCCGAGCCCAAAGCAGCCUCCUUUCCUGAACUCUACAACCCUAGAGCCAGUUAGCACUAGAUUUAGAUUGUACAGCGCAAACAGCUCCGUGUCAAAUGCUCUAACAAAACCUGAAGCCUCCUACACCUCCACGGAGUCCUCUGGCACGCCAAGCUCGGAUGGGAAUUCAAGAACUCAAGAACUUUCGCAGAAGAAGUAAUUUCCAAAUUUCAAACCUGAGUACCCAUUUUUCGUCACCAGCUUACUCCACAGCAACUUGUUCAGCUGAUCUCUCUUGAUCUGAAUCGUGGAAGUCGCGUCAAAUUGAUAGACUAAUCACGUGAUGAGCGAUGUAGAGAGACGAGAUUGCCCGGUGACUUAUAAGAUUCUCCGGCAAGCCUGUUACGGCUAACUUUGGCAAUGCAGAUUGCGGCAUGGUGUAUUAGGCUGUGCAUUCCUUCUUUAAUUUCUAGCAUUUUUCUGCCAUGUAAGUUUGACAACGCCGAUUGAAAUCGCAGAUAUUCCGAAUUUCGGAUGCUA